AUGAUCCUCUUUGACAUUCCUGGUCAAGGCUUCUACUACGAUCUGCUGGAGGAUGAGCAAGGUGCUGGUGGAGGAAGGCUGAACCAGAAGCAAGCUACGAGAGUUGCACUUAACAAUAUAAACUUGCUUACCUUUGCGCUUCUAGGUGCUGGCGACCCAUCUCUUGGUGUUGGACUACGGGAAUAG